GGACCUCGUUGUUCUGAAGAUUCUCAAACUAUCUGAAAACCGGAGCUCUCUCCGCUCUGAGCAUGUGGUCUUUGUUUUUAAGUUCGUGUGGCUGAAUCCGUUCAGCUGUCAGUGUGAGGCAGCAGCACUGGAGUCAGUCCACUCUGAAUGUGCCACUCGGUACAGACGGGCGAUUCCUCAUCUCUCUUUCUCUCUUCAGUUCAGGAUGGCAAAAUAACACGGCGAAGGCGGAGAUAUCGGCAUCUUGCGUGUAUGGGAGCCUGUCAUCGCAGACAAGUUUAGUUUCCACUAGAGUUCAACACUCUAGAAACACGCUUUGCGAGUGCGUAUUGGGAAAUGAAAGUGAAGCGAUCGGAGAUGUGGGGAGCCGCUGUCCUGCUGCUGUUGACCGGCUGCGCGCGCGCGAGUGUGCCCGAGGAGCCCGCGGACAGAGCGGCUCCAUCUGACGGCUAUUGCAGCUGGAUAACGCGGGCUCAGCCUCACGGAGCCGGAGGCAGGAGGGAGGGCUUUAGUGAGUUCAGGCUGCGAGUGGAAGGAGACCCGGAGCAUUACCAACCCGGCAGCACUUACCGAGUAUCCCUGUAUGCGACCAAUCCUGCAUACUUCAGGGGCUUUACUCUCAUCGCUCUGAAGGAAGGGCGAAAUGGUGACCAAGAGGAAGAUUAUGCUGGAAAUUUCCAGAUAAUUGAUGAGGAAGACACACAGUUUAUGACAAACUGCCCCCCAGCAGUGACAGAGAGCACCCCACGCAGAAGGACGAGGAUACAGGUGUUUUGGACGGCGCCCCCAUCAGGCAGUGGCUGUGUACUGUUGAAAGCUAGUAUUGUUCAGAGGAAGAUCAUCUCAUUCCAGGAUGAAGGCUCGCUUACAAAGCGGAUGUGUGAGAGAGAGCCACUUUAUGGGGAAACCACAGACAAACCCCUGCUGGACUGCUGUGCUUGUGGAACUGCCAAAUACAGAGUCACCUUCUACGGGAACUGGUCAGAGAAAUUGCACCCAAAAGACUACCCAAGGAGAGCCAAUCACUGGUCUGCCCUCAUUGGAGCUUCCCAUUCAAAGAACUAUAUUUUGUGGGAAUAUGGAGGUUAUGCCAGUGAAGGCGUCAAACAGGUUGCUGAACUGGGCUCACCAGUCAAGAUGGAGGAGGAGAUUCGUCAGAAGGGUGAUGAGGUCUUGACCGUCAUAAAGAUGAAGGCCCAAUGGCCGGCCUGGCAGCCCCUCAAUGUUCGAGCUGCUCCUUCAGCGGAGUUCUCAGUGGACCGCACGCGGCACCUGAUGUCCUUUCUGACCAUGCUGGGUCCCAGUCCUGACUGGAACGUGGGUCUGUCAUCAGAGGACCUCUGCACCAGAGAGUGUGGCUGGGUCCAGAAGGUGGUUCAGGACCUCAUUCCAUGGGAUGCGGGGACAGACAGCGGGGUCACUUAUGAGUCUCCCAACAAGCCUACAGCACCUCAGGAGAAAAUUCGUCCCCUCACGAGUUUAGACCAUCCACAGAGCCCUUUCUAUGACCCAGAGGGUGGCGCGAUCACUCCCGUGGCCAGAGUUGUCGUAGAGAGAAUUGCUCGCAAGGGUGAGCAGUGCAACAUUGUGCCUGAUAAUGUGGACGACAUUGUGGCUGACAUUGCCCAGGAGGAAAAAGAAGAAGAUGAUACUCCAGAGACAUGUAUCUACUCCAACUGGUCUCCGUGGUCUGCGUGCAGCUCCUCGACGUGUGAGAAGGGGAAGAGGAUGAGGCAGAGGAUGCUGAAGGCACAGCUGGAUCUCAGCGUGCCCUGUCCACAUACUCAAGACUUUGAGCCCUGCAUGGGACCCGGCUGCAGUGAUGAGGAUGCUUCCACGUGCAUGAUGUCAGAAUGGAUCACAUGGUCACCGUGCAGUAUGUCAUGCGGUGCAGGCGUGCGUUCUAGGGAACGCUAUGUAAAGCAGUUUCCUGAUGAUGGAUUUGCCUGCACUCAUCCCACUGAAGAGACAGAGCCAUGCACUGUCAACGAGGACUGCUCUCCGAGCAGUUGCUUGGUUACUGAAUGGGGUGAAUGGGAUGCAUGCAGUGCCACCUGUGGGCUUGGCAUGAAAAGACAACGGAUGGUGAAAAUGCCCCCGUCUGACGGCUCCAUUUGUGGGGCUGAGGUGGUGGAAGUGGAGAAGUGUAUGAUGCCAGAAUGCCAUACAAUCCCAUGUUUACUGUCCCUGUGGUCGGACUGGAGCGAUUGCAGUGUGACGUGUGGUAAAGGCACACGGACUCGUCAGCGUAUGCUCAAAUCACCUGCAGAGUUGGGAGAAUGCAACGAGGAGUUGGAACAGAUGGAGAAAUGCAUGCUGCCAGAGUGUCCAAUGGAUUGUGUGAUGACAGAGUGGUCGGAGUGGUCAGAGUGCAGUAAAUCCUGUGGAAAGGGUCACUUGAUCCAUGCCCGCAUGAUCACUCUGGAGCCUCAGUUUGGUGGGGAUCCGUGCCUGAGACCACACAGAAAAACGUGCAAGAUCAAGAAGUGUAAUCAAGGAGGUAUGAACAGUGACGAGAGGAAGAGGCGCAAGGAAGACCGUAAGAAGAGGAGAAACAAACAAGGGAGGGAGGAGAGUGCCGAUGAGCUUGCAGGAUGCAAAAUGAAGCCAUGGUCUGCAUGGACUGACUGCACCAAGCUGUGUGGUGGAGGAAUCCAGGAGCGUUUAAUGACUGCCAAGAAGAGAUAUAAGAAUCCACAACUAACUAGCUGUAAAGACCGAAAGGAGAUACGGGCCUGCAAUGUCCAUCCCUGCUAGGGCUGUACUUGAAUGGGCUUGUGUGAUGGGACCCAAUCUAGAUUAUGAACAGACUGUGACACACUGUUUUGCAGUAUAUUUAAUGCACUCUGUUUGGGAUUGAAAAGCUGCAACAGGUAGUCUGUUAUUUUU